AUGUGGAGACCUUUCGCAGGAAAUUUUGCAAAUCAUUCAUUUGACAACUUCGCUCAAAAAUACAUUAGAGCAGACACCGCUCCUCUUCCAAUCUCCCACCCCCAAAAAUCAAAAAUCGACAUCAACGAACUCUACCCUUACAAACACAAAAAAGAAGAACUCGAAGAAAGAUACAAAAAAUUCCAAGAUCUCCAAGAAAAAGUCAAAGAACAGCGAAAAAUGAUAAAAGAAAGAGACCUUUUCACAAAAGCCAGGAAAGAAGCCAAAAUCCGUAAUCAGCAUUCCCUAAUAAUCCAAGAGCGUGAAAAGAAAAAGUAUGAGAUGGACAAAAUCAGAAGUCUACUAAAUAAAACAAAACCAUUUAAAAAGACAAAGCCAUACUCAGAACGAAGAGAAAGAAAAUCAGCGUCUCGAGCUGAAGAUACAACCAUUUUUUCAUUAACAGCUGCAGAUAAUCCAAUUGUUUUAUCUGAAAGGAAGCCAAACAAGUCUCCGUUACCGCCAAUUAAACUGAAGCCAAUUAUGCCUGUAAGAGAAUUCCAAGACAAGCUUCUUAAAUCAAUGAGAGGAAAAGCACCUACAUUUUUUAAAGAUCUUAAGCAAGAAUUCAAAGCAAUAAGAGAACAGAGUGAAAUGACGUUUGAAGAAUAUAAAGAAAAAAGAAAAAUAAGAAGAAGUGACCCACUUUAUUCAGUAAGGAGAAGAUCCUCAGAGAUGUAA